ACCGCACACAUCAUGUCUGAGCUCCAAUCCACCAACGGACGGACGGAGCGCGCCGCCACCGACGCAUGCUCCGAACAGCAGACGCCUACGCAAAACGAGCCUCUCGCGAACUCGACGAAUUCGAAGAGCACUCCCUCCGAAGACCCAAACGGCUAUGUUUUUACCCCUGAUUUCGACUUCCGGUCGGCCGCGAAGAAGCUGAAGUGCGACGAGGACCCCGACGCAGUUGUCUCUGCCAUCGGAAUCCUGCUCGAGGAGCUGCACGACUGCAAGAUGAAAAUUGAUUUCUUCGAGACUCUGUUCGGAUACCGCGCAGAGCACCUCAUGGCGUACGACGUACAUCUCCUCCGGCAUGACGACAUCAUGUUCUACGGGCAACGGCGGCUGCAGGGGCGGGCGCUCCAGCAGGCAAUGCUGGAAAAGAAUGGCCACGAGCCGUCGCUCGCAGAGCUGAAGGGCAAGUCAGUCAUCUUGACUGUGCCAGAGGACCACUACGAUUUCGCCGUGGUGCUCCCUAUGAAGGCCAAGCAGCGACACGCCCAAGACGCGCAGGACGUCGAGGAGAAUGCAGGCGCUUCCACAGAAGACGCUGCCAUAGAGCUGCAAAGGAAGACGCCGGCCGUGAGGAAAGCCGCGGAUCGGGAGCAACUUCGCAACAUCCUCUCGCAGGAUCAAGACCCCGCCGGCCACUGCGCCGGUGACGAGAUGCUUCCCACUCCGCGAAAGGCAGCAGCCGAUGCUGUGGAGGCACAGAAGAACCCCACCGAAGAAGACGCAGCACCCACCGAAGACAGGGAGCGCAAGCGAAAGCGCGCAAUUGUCGCAAGCGAUGACGAGGAGGACGAGCAGAGCGCGAAGGCGAGCAAAUUUCACUGA